CAAGCCUUUUGAGGUCACCUUCCUCAAUCAUAGAGGCCCCAUCUCAGCCCUGUUCUUUUGGAACCCCCGUGCCCCCCCUCUCGAUUUAUCCCCAAUAGGCAGACAUGGCGGAGAACAAGCCUGCAGAGAUCACAGACUUACAAAUCAUGAUCUCAAACAAGGAUGAUAACAAGAAGCAGUUAGCUCCCAAGAGAAGCUCCACCAAGGACAGACAUAAAAAAGUGGAUGGUCGAGGGAGAAGAAUAAGGAUGCCAGCUCUAUGCGCAGCAAGGGUUUUCCAGUUGACCAGAGAGUUGGGUCAUAAGUCUGAUGGUGAAACAAUUCAGUGGCUUUUACAGCAAGCAGAGCCAUCGAUCAUGGCUGCAACUGGUAGUGGGACUAUUCCAGCUUCGGCUCUUGCAGCUGCAGGGGCCUCUGUUUCUGGACAGGGGUCGGUUUCAGCAGGUUUGGAUAGAGUGGUGGAAAUGCUAGGGCCAGCUAUGGGGUCAGGAGGUAGGGCCAAUUGGACAAUGAUGAGUGGGAGUUUGGGUAGGGCACAUGUGUCAAGUGGAAUGUGGCCCUCCGUUAGUGGAAUUGGGUCAGGGUUUGUUCAUAAUUCAAGUCAGUCAUCGUUGAACUUUGGCAGUGAAAACUGGAAUUUCUUUCCUAAAUUUGGGUUCCCUGGGUUUGAACUUCCUGAUAUGAAUUUGGGUCCAAUGAGCUUUUCCAAAACUGUGAGUGGAACAAACCGGCAAGUACCUGGUUUGGAGCUUGGUCUUUCGCAGGAUGGUCAUAUUGGGAUGUUGAAUUCUCAAGCUUUGAGCCAGUUUUACCAACAGAUAGGGCAGAGCCGAGGUGAUGCAGGUUCUUUGAAACAGCAACCGGAACCUUCAGAUAAAAAUGAUUCUGAAGGGUCAAGGCAGUAGAAGAAUUAGGGUUCUAAGAGAGAGUGAUCAUGACAAGUAGCAUAAGAUUAAGAAGCUGAUUUGACUGUUAUGGUUUCUCACCAUUCAGAAUGAGUUCAGUUUAGAGCUGAGAGAUUUGGAAUUUACUUAAAACUUUUCUUAAUAUGUUUGGUGGUUAAAAACCUCAUUUGAUUUGCAGACUUAUUCUUCUUUAUAAAUGCAAAAGCUUUCAUC